UAUGCUUAGGUUGCAUAAUGAACGGAAGAAUAUUCCUCCAUCAUCAUCAGGCAGACCAGCUAGUAGAGGAGCAGGUCGUGCUCCCGGAACUGCCACAAGGCUGACAACUGGAAUGGCUCCUGGAACUGCUAGAGGAGGAGGAGGACAGGAAUCUGGGGGAGGUGUUGCAUUAAGUUCUCAGGUGAGAGUUGCAGAUAGACCAAUGACAAAGCAAGGUCUUGGUGGAAUGAAGACCGCUGUAGGACCUCGAAGAAAUCAACGCCUGGUUAAAGAUAGAACGUAUUUUCUUGGCCUACUGAGAACAAAAAAUCAGGAACUAUCCAGCGAAAUAUCAAAUUUACAAAGGGAGGCUGAUAAGACAGUUGAGGACCAGUCAACUUAUGUAACCUAUGAGAAAAGGGCUGAAAAUUUAGCCGCAGAGAUUAAAGAAUGUCAACGAGAAUUAGGAGACUAUAAUACAUUAGUAGAUAAAUUAAAUACAGAAGAAUCAAUAAAUGAUAUUCAGAUUGAUUACGAAGAUAUCAAGGCGGGAAACGAACGAGAGGGUAAAGUGCUAGAUGCAUUGUUCGAACAAAAACAAAAGAAGCAAGAACAAAUUUCCGCUCUUGAACUGGAACUACGACAAGAAAAAAGUAUGGCUGACAACAUGGUAGCCGAUAUGCCACCAAAUAUGAAACAAAAAUAUAUAAGAUCCAAAGAAAUUAAUGAGCAUCUCAUAAGACAGCUUGAGUUAAGCCAAAGAGACUUGGAUCAAUUGUCUCUAAAACGUAAGGAAUUAGAUGAGGAAUUGACAAGUUCUCCUGUCAAACAAGAAGCUGUAAGAUUAUAUGAGCAACUUCACGAUCUAGAGGAAAAGAGAGAUCAGUUGAUAACUGAGACCUCAAGUCGUUUGUCACCCCAAGAGGAAAGAGAAAAAUUGUUAAAACAAGUUAAAGAAGAUAACCAGGAAAUUGCUGCUAUGGAAAGACAAACACUCGAUUUAAGAGAUCGCAUAAGCAACAUUCAGAGCGAAAUACAGCAACUUGAUCAAGAUUUGGAAGAGAAUCAGGGAGCAAAAAGCCAAAAAUACAGGGAGUUAAAGAAAAGAGAAGAAACAAUGAAUGAAUUCUUAUCUUCUUUUGAAGACACCAAACAACAAGAAUUCGAUAGGAUUGGCAUGCUUGAACAGAAUGUUGUAACUAUACUAAAUUCUAUGUCUGGAGAUAUGCAAGCGGUAGGUCACGUACCAAGUACUCAAGAAUUGACUGCUAUGAGAGAAGACUUAGGUCUGAAGGAAGACGAAAUGAAAAAGUCAAAAACAACCGCUUCAAGCCUAGCCAUGGAGAGCCAGAAAUUACAAGAAGAUUUGGAAAAGGUUGAGACAUUAGAGCACAAAAUUACUUCUGAAUUGGCAAAUUUAAAAGAACAAAUAUCUCGUAUGGAUGAUGAUUUGACAAUCUAUCAGGACUUAGAUCGCCUAAAACGCGAAGCAGAAGAGCGAAAACUUCAACUGGGAGAAGACAAAAUUAAUUUAUAUAAACGUCGUGAAAGCCUCCGACGAGCUUUAGUGUAUGUGUCAAGCGAUUAUGAUGGUUUGAGGACUCAGUUGAAUGAUAAUGAAACCCAUAUUCAGCUCCUUAACUUGGAAAGAAAGUGGCAACAUUUAGAGCAAAACAACUUUGUCGUUAAAGAGUUUAUAGCGUCCAAAAGCCAUGAAACUGAUAUAAGGCCAGUCUCAAAAAGAGUUGAUGGCAUGCUCAGAAACUAUAACGAACAUCUUAUAGAUGUACUUGGCGGAAAAACUCCUGGUAUGUGA